AUGGCGGCUAACGUGUUUACCAGUCUUCAACUGGCCGGCUUUAUCGCCCUUGUAUUUAUUGUCAACCUGCAUUCAGUUUCUGCUGAAUCCAAAGAACCAAGUGCCUCUCAAAGCCCUGGGAAGUCAUUUAAGGUCGAAUUUUGCGAGACAAACUGUACAGACAACAACGGAGAGUGGAGCGGGUGCACCGGUAACUGCAUCUGUAUACAUGUUGGGGACAGCAAUGAAGGUCGCUGCAUGGAUCUAGGCGACACUGUCAUCGGCAAGCCAGUAGCUUAG